GAGCUGUCAGUCGUUCAAAUCUACACAGACAGAUAAAGACGUUGAGACGAGCUACAACGUCUGUCGGCUAUCAGCUAACGAUGGCAGAAGGAGAGGUGGAGUGGGAGUUAUGCAAAGAGAACAUCCAACCGCUGAGACGUGGCCGAGCCAUCUCCGCCCUGCACCAAGCACUCAGCCAGCAACAAGAGGGCACCUCUAGUGCCAUCAACCAACAAAAACAAGCAUACGAGUUAGAGCUCCGGAUGUACGAUGGAGAUGACCCUCUGGAUGUCUGGGAUCGGUACAUAAAGUGGACAGAGCAGACGUACCCACAAGGUGGUAAAGAGAGCGGGUUGUCUAUUCUUCUAGAAAGAGCAGUUAUGAAGUUUACAGAAGAAAAAAAGUAUCACAACGAUCCUCGUUAUGUGGACCUUUGGAUCAAAUUUACGGAAAGCUGUACUGAUCCACUGGAUAUCUACCGGUACAUGCAAGCUCAGGGAAUAGGGACAAUGCAGGCAUCUUUUUACAUCGCAUGGUCUGAAGAGUAUGAGAAAAGAGGAAAUCCACGGAUGGCUGACAGCAUAUUCCAGGAAGGUUUAAAGUGUAGGGCUGAACCUCUAGACCGACUACAGCAAUUUCACAAGGCUUUACAGGCCCGUGUGUGUAGGCAGAUGAUGACAUCAACGGUCGAUGAAGAAUCCGACGAUGAGCUUCUCGAGCCUCAGAGGGCUUCACUCGCAGAGUUGAAAGCCAAAGGAAAGAAAAAAGCUGUUGCUCCUGUCAAUAGGGUUGCUGGAACUAUUGGCUUUUCCCGGGGGCUGCAGUUUAAACAACCACUCGGACCAGGUCAGAACAGUCGACUCAUGAUAUUUGAUGAGAAUAAGGAGCACCCUGAGCCCCAGGAACUCAAAGAAAGUUGGGCAGCUCCUCCAACUGCUAAGGCCAAGGAGAAUGAACAGAAACCUGAUAAAUGGAGUAAUGCUAAGUUGCCACCGAAGUCCCGAUUCGGCCAUAGUGUCGUUGCUCCGCCGCCCAAGCCAAAUUUCCAGCCCUUUGUGGAAGAGAGUAAUCAGCCUCCUGUUGUAACUCCAUGUAAGAUCAACCCAGCAGUGAACACUGUACUAUCCGCCAGGAAGCCGCGUUGUGACGAGCAAACACCACUGAAGAGGCUACAAGAGCGGCAGCAGCACAUGCAGCUACAUCAGGAAGACGAGGACAAAAGUGGAGAGAAGAGCAUGUACUGCAAGGAGCUGCUGUUCAGCGGGGUCACCGAGUUUUCCUUCGAAGAACUGCGCGCUGAGCGAUUCCGCCAGAAAUGCAGCCAGAAAACGGACGCUGAAAGAAGCAACCAAGAAGAGCCUCAUACUAGUCAAAAGGACUGAACAGAGCAAAUAGUCAUAUUAGUGAUCGUAGAGACUCCGAGUCUAAGUCAGUGUUGUUUUUUUAUGUUAGUCCUGUUGUUGUACAGUAGUUAAAGAAGUAGAAUCUGAAGUCUUGCAAAAAGUCAUGAGUUGCUGUGCUGCGAUUGUUGGUAUUGUUUAAGUACCCGAGACCUUCUCGUUCAAAUAUACUGAUGCUCGACUGAUGACUAUUCCAGGUUUUUAUUUCUAUAGUUAUACUUAUUAAAGUGCUUUUGUACAUAUUCUUUUAUAUAUAAAACCACUCUCUCUAACUUGCCUUUUUUAUGUUGUAUUAGCAAUUAUGCUGCUGUCCAGUGUAAACCUUUUGGUACAACAUUCUAUUGCAGCUUGAUACUGUAUGGCCUACAUCUUGGAAACGCUUCACAAGAACCACGUUUUAAUAAACACAAGCAGAUUUUUCAACAGA